AUGGAGUCGGCACCAUGGCGCCCCUUGUUCGAAGAGCAUGUUCAAGCCGCAGGCAGCCCACUGCUAUCGCUGGCAACUGUAUUCAAGGGCAUAAACGGCAAUCCGUUCCCUCGGGUAAGAACCUGUGUUCUCCGGGGCUUCUUUGCUGGCCUGCAGCUACAUCCCAAUGCAAAGCGUGACCUGAAGUUGGCUUCAGGGCGUCCAGUUAAUGAAGAAAGUGACGACGAAGAUGCCUCGUAUCUGAAUCCGAGAAAGUAUGAGAGUGACCUAUUGAGUAUUACCACCGAUGCUCGAUCUGAGAAGGUCAAGCAUAUCCUAUCUGGUAACGAGGUUGGCGGACCGGUGGAAUGUCUCUUCUGGUCAUCCAAGGCCUUUGCACAGUGGAGAAUUAAGGGGAAGGCAUACGUUGUGGGUGGAAGUUGCUCUGAUACGAUGGAGCUGAAGGCCAGACAAGAGGUUGAACAAUAUUUGCGGCUAAAAGAAGAUACGGACAAGCCGUGGAGCUGGGAAAAGGAGAUGACCACUCAGUUUGCCAACCUGUCUCCUGGCAUGAGAGGCAAGGCUGUGUAUAUAUUGGCCUUGGCUAACAGUGUGAUAGAUACAUUCAGACAAGCUCUUCCCGGCUUACCAAAGUCAGGGCCGGCACCAGAGCUACAGAAUAGCGGAGAAGGGCUCGUCGAUCUGACUGACCCCGUAGCUAGGAAGAACUUCAGGGUUGUUGUUAUCAAGCCAGAAGAGGUUGAAUAUAUCCACGAUGAGGGCCCCGGGAACAUAAGGAAUGAGAGGUUCAAAUGGAAGUUGGUACCGUCAGAUAGCCAAUACACAUGGCGUUGGGAGGAAGAGCAGCUCUGGCCUUGA